UACGAAGACAACAUAAUAUACCCAAAAAGUAAGAAAGUAAAAAUAAAAACCAACACAUGACACUUGCAAGGCUACCAGCUCGAACUGGCUGUGGCAGAUGAUAUAGUAAUAAGCAAUGAUUCAGAGACAAAGUAGAGCAAAAUGAAUAAAAAAGAUCUGAGCAAUAAUUCAUAGGGUAUGCCUCCGCAAUAAAGGGGAAGAAAUGAGAUGAAGAACACAUAAUACGCAAUAGGAUGGGAGUAUGAUGAAAAGAUGUGAAGAGCAAUGGUGGUAGGCCAUGACGAUGGCACGCUUCAGACAAAAUGAAGCCCAGUUGCAUCCCACUGCGCAUUCACAUCAUCAUCAUAUCACACACUACUACUGCCACAUGAGGGAGUGAGUGAGAGGCGGGGGAGAAAUAUCCUUACACACACAGCACAAUCAUACGCCAUAUAUUUGUUCCUCCCCUUUAAUCAUUCGCCAUCUCAUUCCAUAAUUACUCUCACCGCCCGGACUUUGUUCAGCUUGAUGGGGGUGAUUAUUAUUGUGGCCACUCAGGAUGUUUUCGAAGCAAACUUUAAGGCCCAAAAGUUGAGUAUCUAAUUGGACUUGUUCCAAGGGUUAAUCCCCGGCCCCGAAGGGCCCUCAUGCCCCGAUCCGACAAAGCAUAAUAGAUGUCAACAAUUCUGCUGCUACAAUAUCUGCUAAUAUUAAUAGCAUCCCAGUGCUUAACGGCACGAAUUUUAAGGAAUGGAAAGAGAACGUUAUGAUUGUUCUCAGUUGCAUGGAUCUAGACCUUGCACUUCGGACUGAGAAACCCGCCGCUCUUAAGGACACAUCUACCCUUGAUGAAAAGAGGGAGAUGGAGAGGUGAGAACGCUCAAACCGCAUGAGUCUAAUGAUCAUGAAACGUGCAAUUCCAGAAUCAUUCAGGGGCACAAUGUCUGAUGAGGCUGAUGCCAAAUCGUUCCUUGCCGAACUUGAAAAAGCGUUUUGCCAAGAACGAAAAGACAGAAACUAGUACUCUUUUGAGCACUCUUGUUUCCAUGAAGUACAAAGGCAAAGGGAACAUAAGGGAGUACAUUUUGGAAAUGUCUCAUAUUGCUUCAAAACUAAGUGCACUAAAGCUUAUUUUACCUGAGGAAUUGCUUGUGUAUUUAGUUUUUAUCUCUCUUCCUUCUCAAUUUAAUCAAUUUAAAGUCAGUUACAACUGCAUUAAGGAGAAAUGGUCUCUCAAUGAGCUCAUUUCUCAUUGUGUUCAAGAGGAAGAGAGAAUAAAGCAAGAUAAGACAGAAAGUGCUCAUUUGGCAUUUACCUCUAAGGGCAGCAAGAAAAUGAAAAUUAAGGAAGCUGCAAAUUCAGGGCCCCCCAGGAAGCAUCAUAAGGAAACUAAGGAAGAAACUAAGGAAUCUGGAUGCUUCUUUUUCAAAGGGACUAAUCACAAGAAAAAGAACUGCACUAAGUACCACGCCUGACGUGCGAAAAAGGGUAUGUCUCUUGCUCUUUUUUGUUUUGAGGUUAAUUUGAUUUCGGUACCAAAAGACACUUGGUGGGUAGAUUCCGGUGCUACUACUCACAUAAGUGUAUCUAUGCAGGGUUGCCUGAGCUGCCGAAAACCAAUUGAUGGUGAAAGAUACAUCUAUGUCGGUGAUGGCAAGCGGGUUGAAGUUGAGGCUAUCGGUGUUUUUUAGAUUAUUAUUAAAGACUAGUUUUUAUUUGGAUUUGAAAGAGACAUUUGUUGUGCCGUCAUUUAGGCGGAAUUUAAUAAUUAUUUCUGCAUUGGACAAAUUUGGUUAUUCUUGUUCAUUUGGAAAUAGUCAGUUCAGUCUAUUUCAAGAUUCAAAACUUAUUGGUACUGGUCUUUUAUCAGUUUAUGAUAAUCUAUAUUCACUUGAUAUAAAUACCUCAUAUAAUGAAACUUUGCAUGCAAGUACUCGUGGUACUAAAAGAAAAUUAACCAAUGAGAAUUCAUUGCACUAUGACACAAACGUUUAGGACAUAUAUCUAAAGAAAGAAUUCAGAGACUUGUGUUAGAUGGAAUUCUUGAUUCUCUUGACUCCUCAAAUUCUGAUAUUUGUGUUGAGUGCGUUAAGGGAAAACAAAUGAACAAACGGAGAUUAGGUGUCGAGAGAGCUUCAGAUCUAUUAGAAUUCAUAUAUACAGACAUUUGUGGACCAUGCAGUGCCCUAAGAAUGGUUUGAAUCUAUAGAAAUGAGGAACAUUCCUUAUGCUUCGGCUGUAGGAAGUUUGAUGUAUGCCCAGGUUUGUACAAGACCUGAUUUGGCAUACAUUGUUGGGAUGUUAGGCAGAUAUUUGAGCAAUC